ACGUGGAAAAGGUGGGACAGGUGAGGUCCUGAGGAACCCGGUCUGAGCAAAUGGUCCCGUGGUUUGAGAGGAGGAGCUCAGAUUUCCGAGGCGUUGUCAAAGCAGCGCGGCUUAAGGAAACUGGAGCGAACCGAACCGAGUCUAAACCAGACCAGACCCGGGUCUUAUGACUGUGACCCUGGCAGGAGUGCGCCCGGGGGGUGAAACACCGGCACCGGGGCUGGAGCAGGUCUGUACUGGCUUCUGUCUCAGUUUGUCUCGUUCUAUUUAGGUUUGACGGGGCACUGGAGGAGUUUAUGAAGUUUUACAGGAGUUUCGCUGUUGAUGAUGCGGCAGGGUUAGCGGGGUCAGAGGGGGUCAGUGAGGGUUGAGGCUCGGGUCAGGUCCUCGGGGUGAAAGUGCCACAGGUCCGGGUUGAGUUUAUCCGUUUGGUUUAGUUUAGUUUAACUUGGUUUAGUUUGGUUUAGCUUGCUUUAGUUUUGUUUAGUUUGGUUCGAAUAGUUUAGCUUGUGAUAUUUGUGCGUGACGCGUAAAGACUGAUAAUCAGACGCCUCACGGCUCUAAUCGGAGCUCUGUGUGUGUGCGUGUGUUUGUGUGCGUGUGAUGUGCGUGUAGACCCACGGGACACAGAUCUGCGGGUUUCACGAGGAGUAUUUAGUUCCAAAGCUUUUCUCUGUCUUAGGUCCUAAUGCCCUGGGGGACUAAACCAGAUCUAAAUCAGGACUAACCCGGAGCUAAACCAGAGCUAAAAGAGGACUAAACUCAGACUAAACCAGAGCAAACCAGGACUAAUCCAGGGCUAAAACAGGAAUAAAACAGGAUUAAACUAGUUCUAACCAGGACUAAACCAGGUCUAAACCAGGACAAAGGCAGGAAUAAAACAGGAUUAAACUAGUACUAAACCAGGACGAAACCAGUUAAACCAGGACUAAACCAGUUAAACCAGGACUAAACCAGGACUAAACCAGGGCUAAACCAGGACUAAACCAGGACUAAACCUGGACUGUAGAUCCAUCAUGUCUGCCCCAUGGUUCCCCUUUGAGUUCAGUGUCAGUCAGGUUCUGGUUCUAGUGCUGGUCUUGGUCCUGGUGUGGGCUUUGGACCUGAUGAGUCCUGGUUCAGUUCCUGUGAUCCACAACAGAGAGACCGAGCUGAACCAGUACCUCCUGGAGACCUGCCCCCUGCUGACCAAGCCGUAUGUCCCUCCUUUGUGGGGACGCAGUGGUCAUGUGCAGACUUGGCUCUAUGCUCUGAUUGGCCGGUUUGGAACCCCCAGUCCAAAGGGGGAGGAGCUUCUGAUGCAAAUGAGUGACGGCUCCACUGCGUCCUUCAAACUCUUCAGCCCAAGCACCUCCCACAGGUCCACAGGUGACCUGACGCUGGCACUGUGCCCGGGCUUCUGUAACCACAGUGGGCAGAGGUACGUCCGCACAUUUGUGCAUGAGGCUCUGGGACACGGGCUCCGCUGUGCCACGCUCAAUCUGCUGGGGGCACCGCCUACUGUCCCGCUGACCGCGCCCCGGGUCUUCAGCUAUGGCUGCACUCUGGAGUUUGCGGCCAUGGUCCAGACCCUAAAGUCCCGGUUCCCUCAGACCCAGCUGGUCCUGGUUGGAUUCAGUCUUGGGGGAAAUAUCGUGUGUAAAUAUCUGGGCGAAGACCAGGUUCAUCAAGACCGGGUCUUGUGUGGACUCAGUGUGUGCCAAGGCUACAGUGCCUCCAGGGCACAAGAGUCUCUGAAUUGCUGGACUCAGGGACGACGUUUCUAUAACUUCUUCCUCACCUGCUCCUUCAGGAGGCUCCUUCUCCGGCACAGACAAACUCUGUUUAGUCGAGACCAGGACCUGAGUCCUCUGUUCAAAGCCACAGCCCUGAGGGACAUCGAUGAGCAGUACAUUAGGAGGUUCCAGGGAUACAGUAGUUUAAAGGAGUACUAUGAGACUGAAAGCUGUGAGCACUACCUAAACAAUAUCUCGGUUCCUCUACUACUUGUGAACGCCUCUGAUGACCCUCUGGUCCCUCCCCCUCUGCUGCAGGUCCCCAGAACACUUGCAGAGUCGAACCCAUACGUGACCUUCUUGCUCUCAUCUUGUGGCGGACAUCUUGGAUUCUUUGAGGGUUGGGUUCUUCCUCAGUCCGGUUCUUGGAUCGACAAAGUCCUACUCCAGUACAUCCAGGCAGUCUACAGGAAGUCAGAGGUCAUAUUCAGAGGUCACGGUUCAUGCAGAGGUCAGAGGUCAUGUGACACACAGAAGGGUCAUGUUACACAUCCCCAGGUCAUCUGACUGACCCGAGAGUGGACUUUACACGUCUUCUUUCUCAGGGACAUUGAAAUAAUUCUCAUUUAAAUAAUUCUUUAUGUCAUUAAAAUGUAAACCCUG